AUGUCAGAUAUACCGUUGCCCCCUUCGUCUCCUCCGUCUGUUACUCCUGCGCCGCACGAAGAACAACAGCAGCAGCAGCAGGAGGAGGAGGACUACGACUCGAGCAGCUUGCUGCCACCUCUCCCUUCUCACGAUGACGAUGAUAAUGACUUGAACGAAGACAGUGUCCAACACCAUGCGGACGAUUAUGACCAUGACGACUCGAAUCUGCCUCCCACAGGCCACCACGACGACCACGACUCCAGCUUAAAUCGAACACUGAACGAAGAACGUGAGAUGCACCGGAAAUUGAUGGAUGUGGAGUCCAGCUUUCUCCCAGAGCCCUCGACGCUGCAUGUUGGCGAAACCACUGCAGCUCGUAGCGGCGAUAUGUACUUGGUUGGAGCCGAUGCACCAGGCACACCUCAGAGGGCAGAGGAUACAGAAGACCAGGAGACAUCGAUAUCUCCGGAGCCACCGAGGGAUGCAUAUAAGACACCUGCGCCGGCCCGGAUGGCGGACUUGGAGUCUUCAAUGGCUGAAGAUGGGAAACAGACGCUGGAAGAGGACAGUUUGGUUGGGAUUAACACAUCCUCCCUAGAGACAAUAUCAACACCCCCAACCACUGCCGCUGCUGCUAGGACUGUUUCACGAGUCAUUUCAGCGGCAAGCAGCCGGUCCGGUAGGUUUGGUGACUCCAUUGCUGAAGAGCAACAGGCGCACGGCCACGGGCACAGCUUUGAAGAUGAAGGAUCACACACUGAGAGAGAAAUCGAUGUUGAGGCUACUCCGCGCAAGGCUCGCUCUCAACUUGUUAGCCAGUCUCCGCCCCUGUCUCAGUCACUACAUAGCAACAACACGGAUGAUAAUGAUCUCAGUCAGAUGGGUGGUUUCCGAGGAGCUAACGAUUCGAUCGAGCUACAGAGGACAAGGCCUAGGUUUUUAACCAACCGCCAGUCCUCGUACCGCCUGUCAACAUCCUCAGUUGCCACAGUCAAUACCGACGGUGCCCUAAGUGAUGCUACAAUGGGAAUGGACUAUGCUUUACAAUCCGGCGGUGCACUUCCGUCAAAUAGUGGAAGAGCGUCCCAUAGCUAUGAACAAAAAAGGAAUCUGUCAAGGUCUAUCAGUCUAGGGAGCAUGGCAUCUGGUAUUUCCAACUUGAGUGAUGACCAUCCUUAUGAAAGGAGGGUAUUCAGCGGAGUGUCUGACCUAAGCCUUCAUACCCUAAACGAAGAAGAAUCAUCCUCCCAACGGCCAGUAUCUUCGGGAACUACCAUCAAACAGGGUGAUGAGACUGCCCCUAUGACGCCAAAAGGCAAAGCUACGGAUACAUCCUCCCCUCCUGCAACUGUCUUGACACAGAUCCAGAGCCGGCCUCCUCCCAGCACUGUGAGAAAGUAUCAGGAAACCGUGGGGCCAUCGCCUGAUAAACGGUCAGCAAGCCGGACGCCAGGCUUUGGCCGAGGAAAGAAUAUGACAUUGAAGGAGCAAAGCAGCACUAUCGAUCGACUCUCGAAGGAGAAUUUCGACCUCAAGAUGCGUAUCCACUUCCUUAACCAGGCCUUGAAUAAACGAUCAGAAGAUGGCAUCAAAGAGAUGAUAUCUGAGAACGUCGAACUGAAAUCAGAUAAGAUAAAAGCUCAAAAGGACAACCAGGCUUUGCGAAGGACCAUUCGCGAGCUUGAAAGACAAUUGAAGGAAAAAGCUGACCUCGCUGACGAAAGCAAGGAUGAACAGGCCUCCGAGGCUGGGAAAAGAACUAUAGACGAAGAGGAAUUUCUCUAUCUACGUGAACGGAUCGAAACGUACGAGGUUGAGAUUGAAAGACUUAGAGCUGAGAAUAUCACCCGAGAGAGUGAAAAGAGGAAGCUGGCUGAGAUGGUGAAGGCACUCGGAGACGGAAGAAGCGGUAUAUCAGAGUCUGGGGCUCGGGAGGAAAGGGACAUGUGGAAAGAUAUACUGGAAGCCGAAACUGCUGCUCGCGAACAAAGCGAAGAAGAGAAUAAGCAUCUUCGCAACCAGAUUCUUCAGCUGGAAAAUGACAUAUCUUCCCAUCAGUGCCGCGAAGCUCGUUACCGCAAAGGAAAUCAGAACUUCUCUCAAGUUGGUUCUGACUACGAAAGCUCGCGUAGUUUUGCAACUUCUAAUCCAACUAGGGAGGACUUUGAACUGCUGAGACAAGAAAAUAAUGCACUCCGUCGAGAAGUGACUGCUCAGACGUCGAUGCUAACCUCUAGAAAUCGCGAGAAGGAAAAGCUCUAUCAGGAAAUUGAAGAUCUGAAGCUUGAUCGACGCAAUGAAGGCCGCUCCAUCGCCGGGGAUAGUAUUUUCGAUCGCUCUGCUUCAAGAGCACAAUCCAGGGCCAUGUCACAGGCGAGUGACAACGAUCGUGACACGUUGGAAAAUAAGAAUGGUGAACUUCGAGAUCAAGUGUCAGCUUUGAAGUUGGACAACCAAGGCCUCCGUGGCCAGUUGGACGAAUAUGCAAAUGAGCUCAGCUCUGUGGAACGUGAAUAUCAAGCAGAACUGGAUCGCGCUGGCCAGGAAUUACGAGAUCUCCAAGCUCAACGCGACCAGGCCCUUCAGGCCAUUGAAGAGCGCGAGGCGGAAUUGCAAGAACUUAAGGCGGCAGCACAAGAGGAGCUUGAUGUCUUGGGAGAAGAGCUUGAUCUUAAGCAUGAAGACUGUCAGCGCCUAGAACUCGAAGUUCGAACACAGCAGGAGAAUUUGGAUGCUCUUCAAGCAGAGGUCAGAUCUGCCAAUGAAGGUAUUUCCCGGCUUGAAGAAGAUGCGCAGAGUAAUAUGCUCAAGUACAAGGCGGUACAGCAAGAGCUGGAUUACGUUAACCAGGAGAUUGAGUCUAUGGAGAGGAACCUGGUUGAGGCCAAUAAUAAGGUCCAACGAUUGACAGUUCAACAAGAAUCAAGUCAGAAUGAAAUUGCCUUCUUGCGAGAAGAGCAAGACGGCGAUAAGAUCAAAAUAGGUGACCUGGAAUCUGAACUGAGAUUCGUCCAAAACAGCCUACAGAGCGAGAAGGACAAGACCAAUGAGCUUGACAGACAACUCGCUGAUGAAAGAUAUCAGCGUGAGGUGGUCGGCAGCAAAGAGAAGCAAGAAGUACAGCGCAUUAUAGACGAUCUUAACCGCGAGUCCGCGGCAUCGAAGGAAGAAAUCCGCAAACUCAAGAAAAACCUUUCUUCUCGGGAAGUUGAGGCCACAAUGUGGAAAGACCGCUUGAUGGAGCUUGAGAGCAGUUUACGAGAAGCUCUUGGUGACCUUAGCGGCACACGUUCAAGCCUUCUCACAUCAAUUACAAAACUGCAAAAAGAACUUGAGUCUACUUCUCUCGAGCUGGAAAGCGUCCGCGCUAGUCUAGAUGAAAAGGAGGCUCUUCUUCGAAAUCGCGAUGCACUCCUCGAGAGCCAUGGCCUUGAGACCCAGAAAUUGGCAGACCUUCUUGAACGUGAAAGGCAGGCUCGCCGAGCUGAUAAGCAUUCGUUUGAACAGUCCCUCAAGUCUCACCACCAGGCUUCCCGAACUAUCGUGCAGAACAACUCUCGAAUCACUGACCUUGAGGGCGCACGGAAUCAAGACCGGAAACGGUUCAACCACCUUGAACAACAAUACAAGGACCAGUUGAAUGAGAGGAAUUUGAUGUUCCUUACCUUGUGGAAGCGAUUAUCUGCAAUGUGCGGGCCUGACUGGUCACAUUCUAACAGCCUUAUCAACGGCAAUCUCCCCAGUCAAGAGGUCAUUGGAAACAUGCUGUUUUGGCCCGGCUUUAGCAAGAACUUGCUUCUUGCAGUGAAGACAGUAGAAAAUUCGAUAAACGGGUUCAAGUCGCGAGUUAGAACUGUGGAACGGAACCUAAUGAAGGAAUACCAAACAUUGGAGAACAGUAUGAACACUCGGAUCAAAAAACUGGAUCGUUUGGAAGAGAUCGUUCGGCAGAUGCAAAGCAGCCCUAGACGAUCCAACAAUACUCCUCCAAAUACGAACGCGGAAUUGGCGAAACUCAAGGGAGAAAAUAGACUACUCAAAGCUGAGCUCAAUCUUCUACAGACUCACUCUCGGGCAAAAGUUGCUAGCGAUAGCUCUGCACGAGGGCAACCAUCGAGAAUGGCGAGUUCAAGGUCUGUCGGGUCAUCCCUUGCGAGAUUCAGUACUGGAUCAGAACAAGGGACUCCAGCCAACACUCGGUCUGGAAGAAGCAACAGUUCUGUCUCACGCGGUUCUUCAAAUAUUGCUCAACCAUCUCCCUUUUCAUCAAGCACCACACUGGCAAAUAACCCAGGCGGUUCUGAGGUUUCUCCUCGCAACAAUGCUUCUGGCCCUAGCCAUGGGGGGUAUCACUUAUCUCCCAAGAGCGAGGCCACUCAGGAUAGAUGGAUUCAACGCCUACGUGACCUGGAAAGACGGCUAAAGGCAGAGCGAGAGGCACGAUUGUUGGACCGCUCCGGAGCGCGGGAGAGGCUAGCAGAACGUAACGCAGAGAACGAGAAACUCCGCGCUGCUCUGGAGAGAGAACGGAUGAAUCGAGCUGCCAGUUCUAUGGGAGUGGACAGUGCGUGUGACGACUCUAGUCGAAACCCACGUACGCCAGAGAGAGCACGGCGCCACGACAACCAUAGUCGAGAUAGAGGCAGCCGAAUCCAGGGGAGAGCUGAUAGUAGGUUAAGUGGAACAGACGUGGUUGUAAUUGACCACGGAUACGACCCUGAUUCUCGUGGGCAUAGCGAGGGUCUAAGCACACGCUCAGGCAGUUAUGACGGCGAAGGCGAUGAUGAUGACGACGGUACGGGUACUGAUGAUGACGGUGGUUUAUGCGUUGAAGUCGUGGUGUAA